AUGGACGUGGUGACAGUAUUCAGGACCUGCUGGUAUGGACGUGGUGACAGUAUUCAGGACCUGCUGAUUCUGGUGGCCGUGGUCCUCAGCAAGGCCCUGGGCUGUUCUGUUCCCCUGCCUUACAUAGAGAGGAGGAAGAUGAGGAGGAGGAUGAUGAUCUCAGAGGCUGUCCUGUUUUUGAUACAGUACUCCUCUAAAGAGCUGGACGGUCAGGAGAAGACCAUCCAGACCGGAGACUGCUGCUAUCUCAACCCACUGGUGCAAAGGACCUUUCGCUUUCUGGGCGUCUACACGUUCGGCCUGUUCACCGUGGACAUCUUUGUGAACGCCGGACAGCUGGUGACGGGGAAUCUGGCCCCACACUUCCUCACGGUGUGUAAGCCCAACUACACAGCCCUGGGCUGCCAGCACGCCCUGAUCUACAUCAGUCAACAGGAGGCCUGCACGGGGAACCAGGAGGAUAUCCUGCGCGCACGCAAAACCUUCCCCUCCAAAGAGGCAGCGCUCAGUGUCUACGCAGCCUUCUAUCUUGCGAGUUACAUCACAUGUACAGUGGAAGUCAAAGGAACGCGGCUAGCCAAGCCUGUGCUGUCCCUGGGUCUGAUGUAUCUGGCUUUCCUCACGGGACUCAACAGAGUGGCUGAGUACCGGAACCACUGGUCUGACGUCAUCGCUGGAUUCAUCAUAGGAGUGGCCAUCGCCACUUUCCUGGUGGUGUGUGUGGUGCAUAACUUCAAAGGCAAGCUGUUGCUGAGUGGUGAAGACCCCCCACAGGAGAACAUGUCUAGAGUGGAGAGCCCACUGGAGAAGUACAUCAGUUUGCAGAAUCACAUCGCCUUCGCUGAGGUCACAUGACGCUGAAUCGGCUGUUUGACAAACCCAUUGGACAUCCACGCACUUCACCGUCCAAUCAAAAAUCGAAUAGCUCUUCACCGUCCAAUCCCCCCCCCCCAAAAAUGGAAUAGUCAAGUUGCAACGCUAACUCAUUAUGCAUGGCUACUGUAUGAGGUCUGUUAGUGUUGUUGUCUGUUAAGUCCCUGUAUCAUGGCCUAUACAGCAGUCAGGGAAAACUCCUCAAAAGCAUGAUGGGAAAGGCCUUAAUGGGUUUCUCCAUUUAUUUAAUCUAUUUUGGGACUAAAUCCCCCAAUGAAGAAAAUCAACUGGAAUCAACUUGAAUUGACUGGACUCUUCUUUACACGACAUGACCUGCUGUGACCCAGAUGCCUCUAUCUACUGAAGCAGAGAGAUGAUUCAUCCAUUUUCCCACAAUGUUGGUCAAAUGGGUUCUCAUUCAUCACUUCUAAAUAAUAAUUUUGUGUCUUUUCCAUCAGUAGAGAAGAACAGAGCAAAUUAUCGAUGUCUCUGUUAUGUUUCCCUUUGAAAACGAUAUUUUUGUAAUGCUCACUAAUGCACUUAACUGUCACAAAGGACAUAGCGACACACACCAGCACUUUAAAAUCAAACUCGAGUCAAAAACCGCAGGCAAGAUGGCCGCCCAUACUGCUGCUGCUUGAAAAAUAUACAUGUCAAUUCAGGAUUAGUCAAAUCUGCUAACGUGUGCGUUGCAAGACUUAACUGUUUAGUGUUAUUAUAUUCAAAUUAUGAAAAAAUAUAGCUGUAUAUAAUGUAUACAUACUUCAAUUUCCUUUUGCCAAACAUUGCUGUCUAUUUUCUUAUGGUUGUGUACUGUAUGUACUGUGUGUAUUGUGUGUACUGUGUGUGUUUGUUCACAAAAAUUACUGUCCACGUGUUGUUUAUUUUAUCAAUUGACUAUUAGUACUUGAUUGUUUUUGCUAUCAUGAGAUAGCUAUACCAUGUUAAACAUCUAGGCAACACAUGGCUAUGUUCUAACAUGAGAUAGCUAUACCAUGAUACACUCUACAGGAUCGGUGUCCCCCCCCCAAUGACAUUGUAAGCAAAAAUAACAUUUCCCAGGACAUAGACAUAUCUGACAUGGGCAGAAAGCUUAAACUGCACUGUCCAAUUUACAGUAGCUAUUACAGUGAAAGAAUACCAUGCUAUUGUUUGAGGAGAGUUGUACAGUUAUGUAUCAAUAAACAUGUAUCAAUAAACCAAUUAGACACAUUUGGGCAGACUUGAUACAAUAUUUUGAACAGAAAUGCAAUGGUUCAUUGGAUCAGUGUAAAACUGUGCGCAUACACUGCUGCCAUCUAGUGGUCAACAUCUAAAUUGCGCCUGGACUUGAAUAAUCAUUGCAGCCUUUUUUUUGGCUUUUCAAAGAUGAUGAAAAAAACAUGAUCUUUAAUCAGAUCGAAUGUGUUCUAUUCUCCUACAUUCAUUACACAUUUCCACAAAACUUCAAAGUGUUUCCUUUCAAAUGGUAUCAAUAAUAUGCAUAUCCUGGCUUCAGGUCCUGAGCUACAGGCAGUUAGAUUUGGUCAUGUCAUUUUAGGCAACAACAAAAAAAGGGUUGGAUCCUUAAAUAUACAUCUAGGCUACAUAGGCGAAUGUUCUGAUUUAUUUAAUACUCUUGACUUUUGAAUAGUGUUAAUAUUUCCUGUUUUUCUGUUAUAUUCUAAAAGUCUCCUACAUAUUUCAUACUUUUUUUCUUUCUUAAAACAAGUUUUGGUCAAUAGGCAACACUUUUCAAUCUUUCAUGAUCCUUUUUUAAAUGGUGGAUUUGUAGUUUAUUCUUCUUUUUCGUCUUCUUCCUGUUUUGAAGUCAGAUUGUCACAUUGUCAUUAUAGCAUAGCGAUUCAUUUUGUGUGGAUGCUAUUGAUAGUAUACCCACCCAGUGAUUUUACCAUACUUGUAUUUCAUAUCCUUUCUCUUUUUAACUUUAACAUCAAUCAGAUCAUGACCUUUUACACUGUAAGCAAAAUGAUGUACGGUCUUUCAAUAAAGAAAUAUCUAAAUUGGUUGCUGCCAUGCUUUCACUAACCUACGCUGGACACUGAAUUUCUUGCUAUUAGUUUGUUGUGAAUGAUUGUGUUGAAAAAGACCAUUAAAAAAGACCAUUACAACGUCCAUAACAUCAGACAGAUUGAUUGAGCUCCACUGUA